AUGGGUUUAACUAAGCAAUACCUGGCUUAUAAGCCAUUAUCGAGUUUCAACAUAAUUGCAAGCGCUCGUGCCAAUAUUUCCUUUAUUACAAUGAACAAUAUUCAAGGUCGCUUUGUUGUUGUGGCCGCUGCAGAAAAAGUGUUCGUGUGGGACAUGAGAGUUUGCGAUAUAGUGGCUGAAUAUAUAAGGCAGGAUGUUACGAGAGAGGUAACUUUUCUACGAACCAGCCCUGAUCAGAGGCAUGUUGCAGUAGGUUAUUCUGAUGGUUUAGUGGCACUUUUUGCCAUACAAAGUCAACAAACAGUGUGUAAUUUUUCUUCACAUCGUUCUGCCGUCACUGCUUUGAAUUUCGAUAAGCUUGGAUUAAAACUGGUCUCCGGUGGGUUGGACAACGAUGUAGUGAUAUCAGAUGUAGUAGCGCAACAAGGAAAGCAUCGCCUUUCUGGACAUACAGCGCCCAUCACGCAAGCUUGCUUUAUGCAGCGAUAUAAUGAUGUCGUUGUUUCCAGUUCACGAGACACGUUGGUCAAGUUUUGGAACAUGGAAACACAAAGUUGCUUUCUAACCAUCGUCGAUCAUCGGACAGAAGUAUGGGGCAUAGCACUGCUUCGAAACGACGACUUUCUUGUUUGUUCCACAGCAGCGACGCAAAUAUCAGUGUACAAAAUUGCUCCAAUUACAGAGGUCAACUUGGGCAGUGCAGAAUAUACCCAGGAUGGCACCAGUAACACCACUGUUAGCCCAUUAAGAUGUAUGGCUGUCGGGAGUAUACAGCGGAUUGGACGCGGUCGUACCAUAAACCUUGUAGCUGACCCUACAGGUUAUGUUCUGGGGUGCCAUGGUACAGAUAAGCAAGUCGAGUUGUUCACAGUUUGCACAGUUGAAGAUGCCAUGAAAAAGCUAACAAAACGACUGAAAAAACUCGACCCCAAAAGCACCAGUAGCGACUCUGCUGUUCGUCACUCCCGCCAACCCGCGUUGACGGAUGAAAUUAAGCGCUUAGUAACAAUUAAAACAUCGGAUAGACUUAAAUCGUUCGAUCUUCAGAUCAAUAAUAACAGUGCCCGAAAUGAGCUAAGAAUUAGCUGCAUUUUUGUUAAAAAUUUCAUUGAAUUGUUUUCACAUAAUUUGAACGAUAAAAAAGCAAUACCGAUAUCUUUGUACAUCACCCAAAAGCAAGGCCAUCUCUCGGAAGCACGCAGUGUUGCAAUCAGCUCAGACAACCUUGCAAUCGCCUCUGCAAGCGCAGAAUCACUAAAGCUCUGGAGUCGCGCUUCUCAGUCGGUUCUGCGAACAGUUGAAACAAACGGAUAUGUCGUGAGCACUUGCUUUGUGCCUGGUGAUCGGCAUAUUUUGCUGGGUUUGAAAACCGGACAAAUGCUCAUCGUGGACGUGGUCGUCGGUGAAGUUAUUGAGCGCAUCGAAGCACAUGAAAAAGAGCUUUGGAGCAUUAUACUUACGCCAGACUUACAUGGUUGUGUAAGCGGGGGCAGUGAUACAACGGUUAAGUUUUGGUCUUUUGAAUUGAUAUCCUGCAAAGCUCACGAUGACCAGAAACAGCAAAGCGCAAGUAAGAUUCUUUCUGUAUUACACAAAAAUACCCUCAAACUUGAGGAAACAGUUUUGUGCGUAAAAAUUUCUCCGAACGCCAAGUACAUUGCUGUUGCCCUUCUCGACACAACAGUCAAGAUGUUUUUUUUUGAUAGUCUAAAAUUCUACCUUUCAAUGUACGGGCACAAGCUGCCUGUGACAACAAUGGAUAUUUCAUACGACUCUGCUAUUAUUAUAACUGGGUCCGCUGAUAGAACUAUCAAAAUUUGGGGCAUUGACUUUGGAGACUGCCAUCGGUCCCUUUUGGCGCACGAUAACACUGUAACGGCAGUACAAUUCAUUCCCAACACCCAUUUAUUUUUCUCUUGCGCCAAAGAUGGAAAGCUCAAACAGUGGGAUGCUGAUAGUUUCCAUAAGAUCGUCACACUUCCUGGUGGUCACUUAGGAGAAGCACAUGCUCUAGCCGUUAGUCCAAAUGGCAAGUAUGUUGUCAGUUGCGGGUCAGAUCGAACAUUACGAUUAUUCCACCGUACUGAUGAACCACUCGUCUUGCAAGACGUGCAGGAGGAGGAACGGGAGGAACUAGAGAAUGCCACUCUUGCUACAGGAGAAGAUUCGGCACUGCCAGGGCUACCGGGCAUGCGUCUUGCUUCGAAGAAAACAAUAGGCUCAGAGAAGGGAGCGGAAAAUAUUCUCGAGUGCAUGGAAGUCAGCAAACACUACGAGGAGGAGCAGUACUCCAAAGGUCCACUACCCCCUUUAAUGAUGGCAUAUUCUUCACACAAUACAAGCGAUUUUAUUCUAACGGUGCUUUCUCGAAUUCGCUCUAGCGAUCUUGAAGAAUCACUGCUAAUUCUACCAUUCAGCGCCGUGUGUGAGUUGCUCGAGCGAAUAUCAAAGAUAAUUUCAUCAUCAAAAUACAUUGAUCAUACGGAACUAAUUUGCAAGGUGGUGCUGUUUUUAUUCCGCGUACACCACAAACCAAUUGUUAGUAAUCAAGUGCUUUUGCCUGCGAUAGCAGGUAUGGUUGGUACGCUCCAGCAAACAAUUAAGGAUGUACGCGAUAUGAUUGGAGCCAACUUGCACGCCUCGCAGAUGUUGCAGAACGAAUGGGAAGAAAAUGACGGUUGUGUUUUGUUUCGCGAUGCAAUGAGACAACGUACGCUUCGCAACAGUCGUAAAAGAAAGCGACAAGCUUCAAAGAGGACAGUGUUGCAAAUGAUUAAAUGAGUUCAGUAAGUUCAGGUAGCACGAAACUCCGCGUUUAAUUGAUGUGCUUAGUUGAAUAAAUGUAUCUCUUGGCGUAUAACUUUGUACAAAAAAAUGUUUUCUAACGUCUUUGUCGAUCUCGGUCGUGGUUUCGCUCUCGUUCAUAACUUAGCGUAUCCUCGUCUCUACGCCGGCGGUCACGUUCGUUCUUUUCUC